CGCGCAUUGUCUAUAAACUAAAAUCCAUUACAGACUCUCAGUAGAUGUCUUUUUCAUCUGAAUUUAAAGACUCAAUCGCAACCGCAACGGCUGACUUUCUCCACUUGUACCAAAUUUGUAAGCUGUUGCUGUUGACGCUGUUGACGCUAUUGUCACGAUGUCUCUAUCCUUGACCUCUAGAGUGACUCUCAAUAAUGGCUUGUCCAUGCCACGUCUUGGCUUUGGCGUCUAUAUGGUCUCUGGCCAGCAGUGCCGCCAAAAUGUGCUAGAAGCACUCGAAGCAGGCUAUCGCCACAUUGACAGUGCAGAGUGGUACGGCAAUGAAUCAGAGUGCGGUGACUCCAUCCGAGCUUCAGGCAUCCCAAGACAAGACAUCUUCUAUACAAGCAAGCUAAUGCACAACACAAACUUUGAACGGGGUUGCAAGGAUAUUCGCAAAUCAAUUGAAGCAUGUGGACUUGGCUACAUUGAUUUGUAUCUCCUACACGGGCCAUAUCCAAACAAGCAGGCUAGACUUGAUGCAUGGCGAGCACUCGAAGACGGCGUCGAGUCUGGCCUCAUCAAGUCUAUUGGUGUUUCCAACUUUGGCGAGCGGCACCUGCGUGAGCUCUUUGACAGCAAUCCAAAGAUCAAGCCUGUCGUCAAUCAAAUUGACCUGCAUCCCUUCAUGACUCGAACAAGCCUUGUUCAAUUUUGCAAGGAGCAUGAUAUUGUGCUGCAGGCAUGGGGCCCAUUGGCGCGUGCUGAGCGAUGGCAGGACCCGACACUACAGAGUAUUGCCAAGGAGUAUGAACGCUCACCUGCACAAGUGCUACUCAGGUGGAGCUUACAGCAUGGCUAUGUCCCUUUGCCAAAGUCGACGCAUGUGGAGCGCAUCAAGUCGAAUGCACAACUUUGGGACUUUGAGUUGUCGGAUGCAACCAUGGCAGAGUUGGACGGGCUGGAUGAGUACCUAGUCACUGACUGGGACCCUAUAGGCGACAAGAGCGUGUAG